AUGGACAGAAACGCUCGUCUGGAAAGGAGCCGAAGCAGCGAUAAGGAAAGAAGGAUCAUAAGAAAUCUGGAACACAAGUUGAAGAGACAAGACGAGGAACUGUUCGUGCUGAAAGCGAAGAUGGCAAAUACAAGUAUGGAAAGGCGCGUGGAAACAGGCGAAAAGGGAUGUCAAGCAAGUCCCACCAUGGAAGAAGCCGGAACGCAGACGAACGGAAGAUCGUCGGACAAGACUGAAGAAGAUUCAGAGCCGCCAAAUCUUUUUGAUGAUAGCGAAAUGGAAGUCAACGAACUCGUCGUGAUGGAUGAGGCAGGCAGCGAUUCCGAAGAAGCACCCUUAGAUGACAAUGGAUACUUUCGCAAACUCGUGCAAGAAACCAGAGGACGAACUGAUGCUGAAAGGAAAGCGGAUGAAGAACAAGUACAGAGAAGAGAAAUGGAAUGCCACAAGAACAGUGCCCCGCAACGGAAGCAGCUCACCAGACAAGUACAUACAUGUCAAGCGAUAACAUGUCAGUUAAUCAUUACUCCAACAUUGACUUGUUAA